AUGAAGCGAGGAGGGUGCUGCAACGCCUGUCGAAGGCGGCAUAGGAAAUGCGUUGUUCAGCCGGGAGCGUCUCAGUGUGGCGCUUGUGCUGAGUCUGGGCGGGAGUGUCGCUUUGAGAAUGACAUUCAGUUCAAGCACAGUUACACUCGAGAAGAUCGGGAGGUGGCUGAGACGUCGAGGACAUGGACCAGAGUGCCAUCUACUAGUAGGAACCAAGAUAACCAAUCCAGCUCAGGACAAGGGGGGUUAGAACAAGGCCAGGGUUCGGGUAACCCAAGACAUAUCACCUCUCCCCAAAGCUACGCCGAGAACUCCGAUUUUGGAGCUCCAUUGACGAGCCAUGGUGAAGGUAUUGCCUCACCAUACGAAGAUCUAUCACCCGGUAGCGCCCGUCUCUUGCCCCUACAACAACCCCUGAACCACCCCGUUUCCUCGAUUCCUUACAUCCUAGGCGACUCGCCUCCAACUCAGCUACCUCCCCCGGAAACACCUUCUUCAGCUCAUAGUUCGGGAGUCCAGAGUAUCAACCCAGAAGAUACGUAUGGAUUCACUGAGAGGCAAGCAUUCUUGUUCAUCACUUACAUACACAAGCUUGCUCCUUCGUCAGAUGCCUGUGACGAUGCUAGGCACUUUACCCUCGAAGUACCACGUCUGGCCUUUCAAGAACCGAUGAUCAUGAAUGGCCUACUUGCCCUUGCAAGCCGCUACGACGCUCGAUGUUCGAACUCGGAAUCAGAUCUUGAAGGAACAUACUAUCACAACCGAUGCAUCGAGCUACUCAUUGAAGCCUUUGCGCAACCGCCGGAAACAUGGGACUCAAAACUUCUGACUGCUGUCGUCAUCGCGCGGCUGUACGAAGAGUACGACAACGAGACUGACUCGGAUUACCACCACCUCAGCGGAACUCGAAACCUCCUAAAUCACGAGGCUGUCGCACGCUUCGUUACUCAAGGUGGUCUAGCCGAGGCUGCAAGCUGGGUGCACUUAAGGCAGACCAUCUAUGUGUACCUUGUCCGCAGAGAACCUGUCGAGAUUUGUCUGGAGAACUUUGAACGAUCCACGGUAUUCCGGAGAACUGACGAUUCUGCGUACGCUAACCGUGCAGUUUACAUCUUUGCCAAGAUGAUGAAGCUAUUGUUCCCGCUGAAUGAUUCUGAGAAACAAGCGGUUAGCGCCUCGCCUGGGCCGUGGGAACUUGUUGAGAUGGAAGUUAACCAGUGGUACGAAAUGAAGCCUGUCUCAUUCAAGCCCAUCUACUACAAGCCGGCGGACUUGAAGGAGGAUAGACCAUUUCCCGUCGUUUGCAUCGCCGCUUCUGUUCCCGUUGUUGCCAUGCAAUACUACUAUGCUGCGAAAGCCAUUCUAUGCUUGCAUAAAUGCAACACGGUCAACCCCAACAUCGGGUACCAUGCUGCCAGACUUAGGCACGACUGGGAGGUGGGUUUCCAACGAAUCGCGGCUUACUUGUGCACUCUCAUGGGGCUGGCCUUAUCCAACGAGCAUGUCCUCAACGCCUUCUACCUGCCUGCACACAUGCUCUCCCUCUGUGGCUAUUGCAUUCGACAGCCUUGCGAGAGAGCACACACAGUCCAAUAUCUACAAAAGGUCGAUGAUGUCAUAAAGUGGAAAACAAGGAGGUUGAUCCAGACGCUGGAGAAAGAGUGGGAAGAAAUGGAUAAUUUCGAGAAGAGAUGA